CUUGUUGAAUUUCUUUCUCUAUGGGCUGCUUGUGAAACCGGCCUUCACUUGAACGGCGAGCGACUUCCGGAAAGCGCCCCUGAUAACGAGAGUAUAUGGUUGAAUAUUGCAAUAAAAUCAGCGAAUAAACGUUCAAACGUUUAGUAGAUGGUUAAUUUUUGAAGUGAAAUAAGUUUUCUUUAAUGUAUUUAUCAAUACAAGUUAUCAGUGACACUUGCAACAUAGUUUUUGAUCAGUGAAACGCUGAUGUAGCCGAAACUGGCUACUGGCCAAGCGUGGCCAAGUCCCGCCAGAGCAGAAUCCGUCAGAAAUCACAUGUUUCGUUUGUCCGUACGUGCACUUGUUACUGUACUCUUGUAGUUACUGCUGCCGGAAUUUGCUUUUCCAUCGUGUUCUGUGCGCGUUUGUUUGCUCUUUCGUAUGAGCAUGAGUAACGGUGUCGGUGUCAAUCGUGGUGGCGGCAAAACUGGCUCGCCCAGGUUUGUUUACACGCGUGAAGAACGCGACCUGCUUCGUAAUCUGGUGGUGAGGCACAGAGCGGUUGUUGAAAACCCCAAGACUGAUAACACUUCGAAGCGCGCCAAGGACAGUGCCUGGGAGAAGCUGACUGAGGAAUACAACAGCCAGCCAGGCAUUCGUCGCGUCACAGUGGUGCAGCUGCGGAAGCUGUGGGACGACGAAAAAUCGAAGUGGAAAAAGAAAACUUCGGAAGAAAAGCGGGAUUUCUACGCAACAGGGGGUUGGCCAUCUACCUGCCGGCCAAUGAGCCCAUCAUUGGCGCUUGUGGGGGCGGCUGCCUCGCACAUUGGGACACGGCUCCCAAACCCCUACGAUAGCGACGGAUGCCAUAUGAGCCAGCCAUUGAUGUCGCUGCCACCCGCGCGUACCAUUGAAGUUAUGGUGACAGGCAAUCAAGGCAGCAUGGACGAGUGGCUUGAAGGCAGAAUUGGCAAGAGCUAUCCCCUCUUUCCUAGCACCACUUCCAGUGCAGGAAAAGGCUGGCCUGUCAACAAACCAGUACAUUUCACCUGCCAUGGCUGA